ACCCCUCCGCCACCGACGCAGUUGCUGACAAUAGAUGAUAUUUUCCCACGACUUGAUGAGCCUCCACAAUUGGAGAUUCUGCGGAGUCACCUUUUCGGCGAGGGCCGUUUAACAGAGAAGGCAGCUUUGAAGAUUAUUGAGGAGACGGCGGCAAUUUUCAAGAGUGAGAACAACCUUAUUGAGCUCGAGGCGCCUAUUACUGGUGCGUUGAAUUGA